GCGAGCACUACGUCUAAGAAAGCUUAGGAGAGUCAAACGGAGAAUGAAGCUCCCCAGAAGUGUUUUCUCCUCCCUGCAUGCGAAAUACGCAAGAGUUCUGGCGGAGUCCAAUGCAUCUGGUGCCAUACCAACAGCAGGGGGGGGAAGUGUAGCUGCUGCGGCUGCUGGCGCUGAUGCAUCCACUUCUCAUCACGCUCAAAACGAAAGAAAAUUGGAUCCGACGGAAAAGGAGGACGCGGCUGAGAGUUCGAGCUCGGAUUCCAGCUCGGAGUCUGAUUCGGAUUCUGAUGAUGAGAAGGAAGGAGACACUUCUUCCAAGGAUUAUGGCAAUGGCAUAUCUGUUCCCGAGGGAAAGCAGGAGGAGAAGGAGGAAGUAAUGGUGGAUCGUCGACCACCCAAUGAUACACACGAAGCAUCAUGUGCACAACCUGCCGAAAACGGAGUUGCUUCAGCACCCGCUGCCAGUCAUGUAACCGCAGCAACGGUUUCCGUUCCAGGAACAGUUUCUGUUCCUGGCUCAAAGAAAAUGGCAGCUGCUGCUGAUGAUGAUUCUGUUCCUGGAUUACUAGUGGAUGGGGAUGGGACUCGUCAUGCCGCCGCCAAUCAGCAUCCGACGUCUGCUCCGGUCGCUGUCACCAGUGCUAAGAAUUGUAAUGAAUCCUCCGAGAACACCACUGUGGUAUCGGGGUCCAACUUGAAGGAGGAGGAGAAAGUAGUGCCUCUGCAGAAUGCUGUCCAGGUGCAAAGUCAAGAACCAACGACACACGUGAGCUCCUUGGCGUCUGAACCUGCUCCUGGAACGAAUGCGAACAGGAUUCCAAGUGCUGGACCAGCGGAUGGACCAGAGGCUGCACCAGCGGCUCCUUCUGGUCCUGGUUCACGGAAUCACGCAGAGAAUGAAGGGAACUGUGUGUUGGGAUCCUUGAGCGCCCUGCUUUGUGAGACAGAAGGAGGUCUGGGAAGUGGCAAUCAGGACAGAGAUGAUGGUAAUGGACUCGGAGUGAAGGCGGGGACAGAAGAGGAAAAUGGCUCUGUCAUCGACGGCGUAAGACAAAGCACAAGUGUCAGCGAUAGCGCUGGUCUCAACAAUGUUGUGCUGUCUAUCAUCCACAAGUUCGCUGAAGAAAAGAGUGACUUCACAGUUCUAGACCUCGGAGCCGAAACUGAGGCUUUCCCUGGUAAAGAGGUUUCAGAAAGCGUUUCUGUUCAAGGCACUGGCACCAGGAACGAUGAGGAUUGCCGGCCUGAUGAUGGUGAGCAGAACGUUCCUCAGGGUCCAUCAAACGUUGUCGCAGACAAUGAGCUGAAGGAGGUGCCAACUGAGUCUGCAGCGGCAGCAAACUUGGUGCAAGGAUGUGCAGAUGAUGCAGAGGUUUCCAUGACAGAGGCACAAGGCAAUCGGAAGAGCUCAAAGAAGGAGAAAGAAGAAGAGAAGGAGAGAAAGAAGAAAGAGAAGGAAGAGAAGGAGGCUGCAAAGAUCAAAGCCAGGGAGGAAAAAGCCAAUGCCGCUGAAGAAAAGAAAAGACAGAAGGAGGAGCAGAAGCAGAAGCAGAAAGAAGCAAAGGAGAAGAAAGGCAAGAAUGGUAGAGACAAUUAUACUGAAAUGGCUUGUGUCACGGUUUCCAAAGGAGCAGAGAGCUCGGUACAGGAGAGUAACCCUGGUCCUGAUGCGCUAACCUCCGAUGGGAUGUCACAGGGCGUGGAGGAUGAGGGCGAAAGGCAUAUGGUUGUUGACGUCUCAGCACCCGAACUUGACGAGAGGACGGAAAUAUCAACCUGCAUUCAAGGAGGGAAGGCUGAGUGCGAGAACGCUGUCAACAGUCCUCUGAAGAAGGAUCAUAAUACAUUUAAUUUGGGAAGGAGAGCGAAAGGAAAGAAAGAUGAAAAGGCAGGGGUUGCUCGAGCGAGGAGUUCCUACAUCUUCUACUUGAUGGAGAAUCGUGAACGCAUGAAGAGUGAAAACCCAGGAUUGAAAACGACAGAAGUAAUGAAGAAACUUGCUGAGGAGUGGAAUGCGCUGACAAGUGAAGAAAAGAAGCCGUAUGAAGCAAUGGCCACUGCCGAUAAAGAACGUGUCGAGAAGGAAAAACUGUGUGGUGUUUGCGAGCCAGCAGCGGGAGGGAGUGGUCGAGGCACAGUGAGCGGAGAAAAGAGGAAAGCGGACCCAGAGACUAGAGUACCUGAAAGCAAUGCUACGAACGACAAAGGAGAGAAAAGUCAUAAGAAAAGAGGACGAAAACCUAAGCCACGAACAGCUUUUAUGUUUUUCUGCAUGGAGAACCGGAAUCGCGUGCAAACGGAGUGCCCGGGAGCGAAAUUUGGCGAGAUCAAUAAGGUACUUGGCAAGGAGUGGAAUGCAUUACCAGAAGGAGAAAAGGAGGUUUUUGAGCUAAGGGCUUCUUUAGAGAAAGCAGAAUAUGGGGCUCAGACAGCAAACAAAGCCUCUACAGCAAGAGAAAAGAAGAGAGGGAAAACUACAGCUCGUGAUGGGGACGAUCACCACACUGAUAUGCUAGAAGGAGAAGGAGAGGAUGAAGUCACGGAUUCUGAUAACGAGAUGGAUACUGAUGGUCACGUUGGGCGACAUGAUGUGGACGAAGGUGGUGAUCUUGAGUGGGUCUUUGCCAGAACACGUGAUGGGAAGUACGUGGCGAAACGCAAAGGAAUGGACUUGACACAAGUUGUUUAUGAAGAGCCACCAGUAAAGCGUGCAAGGGGAGAGAUGACGAAUGGUGACUUGGAUGAGAGAGCAUUGAGGAAGGCAAUCCGGAUGUUCCACGCAAGGCAGUCACAGUUUAAAAAGGAGAUUGACGACAGGACCACCAAACAGAAGGGUGACCUUGAACUUGACGGUCUGCCAGUUGGAAGUGCUCUUGAGAUGCUCUUCUUUCUGGGCAACAUACGGCAAGAUGUAUUUCCGCCCACAACGGUGAAGGCGCCUUAUCCUGAUGUCUGGAUGAAAGUCCCAAUGCUGGGGCUUUGCCAGGUUGUUCAGUCGGUGGUUGAUUGUGAGAGAGCAGCAAAACAGGCUUUACAGCAACGGCUUCUACGAGCACAGGAACGUGUUUGUCAACUAGAAGAGAAAAUCAGAAACGAAGAGUGAGAUUGCGGGUUACACUGUUGUGUUGGGGAAUCGCGGGACUCUGGCAGGACUGCACACGAUCAUUAUAUGAAAUCCGCAUCAGGAUGCCAGGCUCCGACAUGCAGGUGUUCAUCCAAAUCAAAUCAUAAAGAUGAA